UUAUGAAAUGGAUAACCCAAUGGAUGGUUCACGUUACUUUUCACACUGUCUCUUUUUCUAACCUGUAACCGUCACUACUAUAAAAUCGUUUUCCAAGUAAGAAAAAUGGACUAAGAGGAUCCAUUUGUUUUCUAUGUUGAUGUCAAUUAAUCUAACCCAGAUGGCAGAUUCGUUCCAGAUGUUAACCACCAGUGGUUGUUGAUAGAAUAGGCAGCAAUCACAGUUUUUCUUUGGAGGAGGGGCGGUUCCGUGGGGCGGAGGCUUGGCCGGUUCUUCCAGUCACAGGUCAGGUCUUCUAAGCACCCUCCCCUUCCCCAUGUUCCAUGUACGUAUAGGGGGCUGUUGAGUUGUGGUGUUCCACUUUGUCCACGCACUACUUUUUCGCCCAUCUGAUAGCUUCGUCCAAAUCGAGAUUUCCCUGGUAGUGUCUCCCCUCCCGAGCUUUCUUUGUCGUUCAUUCAUACAAUUACAAAUCAUCUGGUUGUCUAUGAGGGAUCAAUAGUAAUCAUCUGUUUCUUGCUUCAGGUGAAGAUGGCGCAGAUGGAGGAUGUAGAUGCCGCGUCCCCUCUGCCAGCGAUGGCGUUGGACCCUGAUCUCCACGCAGCGAUUCGAGCUCCUGUUACUGUUAUGCUGGGUCCGUCGGCCCUCCUCCUCCGGGAACUCGAUUCUUCCGGACAGAGUCUUCUCGGUGCGGAGGAGCUUCGUCUUCUUAGAGAUGCUCUCAGGGAAGUAUGCAUCCCCCUGAAGAGUAUGUCCGAAGACGACGGUGCUAGCUUUAUGGCCCGGUGGUGGAUGAAGAUAGUUCGGGAGCUUUGUUAUGAUACGCAGGAUUACCUCAACUUCGUCCAAAGUGCUCGAGAUCGUCCUGAAUUUUCAGAGUUACCUGAUCGUGCCAAGGCUGUUUAUUCAGGCUUACUUGCUCGCGCCAUUGAUGCGAGGGAAAGACGCAGAGGUUUCAAGUGGUCUCCCAAGACCACCCGGUCUGACACGUGGGAAGCCUUCAACCGCCGCUUCUCCAAAAAACUUGUCCAGCUGCUGGGUUCCUUCGGUGUCCAUACCACACCCGGUGCCGUGGUCGUGGAGGCCCCAAACAAGCUUGUCCAGCUGCUAGCUUUAGAUGAUGAUGUCAACGACAAGACACUCAAGGUGAUACCUAUAAUUGGAUGUGCAGGUGUUGGAAAGACAACAGCUGCCAGAACCUUGUAUCACAAGCAUGGAGGGAAAUUUCAGUGCCGGGCUUUUGUAAGUGUGUCUCAGAAUCCAGAUAUGAGGGGAAUCCUCACCAGCAUGCUAGCACAACUUAAGGCACCACGGCCCCCUGGCUUUCCUGAUGUGCUGGACCUUAUUGGCGCUAUCAGCAGGCAUCUCCAAGGCAAAGGGUACUUGAUCGUACUUGAUGAUUUAUGGACUGCAUCGGUAUGGCAUAUUGUUAGCCGCGCUUUUCCUCGUGGUGAUCACCGCAGCAGAAUAAUAACAACUACACAAGUGCAUGACGUAGCAUUGGCAUGCUCUGGUUAUCACCCGGUCCGUAUAUAUAAGAUGGAACUUCUUGAUGAAUAUGAAUCUCGAAAGUUAUUCUUCCGUAGGGUGUUUAGCUCUGCCCCUGGAGAUGGUUGUUCUCCAGCUACCAAAGAAGUCUCAUACGAGAUUAUCAGAAAAUGUGAAGGUUUGCCGUUAGCAAUUGUAAGUAUAGCAGGUCUGUUAGCAAGCGAAUUAAGCAUCGUCAUGGAAGAUUGGAGGCACAUACAAAAUUCUUUUUCCUCCACUUCCGAAGGGAUGAAAGAUAUUUUAAACCUUAUCUACAAUAGUCUUCCACCUGGUUUGAGGACAUGCUUGCUAUAUCUGAGUAUGUAUCCACAGGGCUACGUGAUGAAGAAGGCUGAGUUGGUGAAGCACUGGGUAGCCGAAGGUUUUAUCGGUGUUGUGGAAGGGACAGUCGCAAUGAAAAUUGCUGAGCGUUAUUUUGAUGAGCUUGUCAGCAGAGCAAUGGUCCAGGCCGUGGACACCGAUUAUACUGGCAAGGUGUUGUCAUGUACGGUUCACCAUUUGGUACUGGAUUUUAUUAGGUCCAAAUCUUUGGAUGAGAAUUUUGUCACCACUGUGGACUAUUCUGAAUCAACUCUAGCACACCCUGACAAAGUUCGUCGGUUAUCCAUCCAGUUUGGAGGGGUAAAAAGCGCAUACAUUCCAGAAACCAUCGUAACAUCGAAAGUUCGGUCACUUGUAUUUUGGGGUUUCUUCAAGUGUGCGCCUCCUUCCAUUAUGGAUUAUGGAUUUCUUCGUAUUCUGAAUCUUCAUAUUUGGGCUGAUGAAGACAAUGAGAUUUUUGACCUCAUUGGAAUUGGGAACUUAUUUCUUCUGAAGUAUCUCACGGUUGAAUGUAAUAUCACCGUCAAACUUCCAGAGAAGAUUGGAAUGCUCCGAUACUUGGAGACACUGGAAGUAGAUGCAAGAUUGUUUGCUGUUCCAUCAGAUAUGGAUAAUCUGGAGAGGUUACUGCACCUCCGUCUUCCGAGCGAAUCUAUCCUGCCUCAAGGAGUAGCCCACAUGACAUCUCUUCGCACUUUGGGGAAUUUUGAUCUCAGCCGCCGUUACUCAAUAGAGAAUGUAUUACAACUUGGAGGGCUGUCUAAUCUCCAGGAUCUCCAGCUCACCUGUGCUAUGGCACAGCAAGCAGAAAACCUGGAAAAGAAUGUGCUACUCCUUGGCUGGAUUGUUGAGAGGCUUAGUUUCUUGCAGACCAUAACUUUGGUACCUGCUUCAGUGUCCUCUCAUCAGGAUGAUGGUCAGGCUGCAGCACCUACAAGCAUAAUUAUUCCCCCUGAUGGAUUUAACAUGGAGCCUCCUCCAGACCUGCUUCUACAGAGGAUCGAAAUGUCGCGGCACUGCUGCAUCUUCUUCUGCAUACCUAAGUGCUUUGGAGAGCUAAGGAAACUCUGCAUCCUAAAGAUUGCAAUUAGGAGUCUGUCGAGGAGUGAUAUUGAAAUCCUGGAAAGAAUGCCGGCCCUCGCUGCUCUCGCCCUGUAUAAUCAGACAACUCCCACAGAAAAGAUGAUCAUGACUGACGGGGGAUUCUAUAGACUCACGUACUUCAAGUUCUUGUGUGCUGCACCAUGCCUGUCCUUUGAACAAGGAGCGAUGCCCAAACUCCAAAACCUCAACCUAGGAUUCAACUCAGACCAAUGGAGAUCGGAUACCUUUGAAACUCUUGGCUUGAGUCACUUGAGAGGCCUUACGGAUGUAUGUGUAAGACUUGGUACUGGGGCUGCUGACAACUUCAACGUAAAAGUUGCCGAGUCGGCAUUGGAGGCUGUCGUCAGGAAUCACCCCAACUCUCCUAGGAUCAGAAUAAAAUUUGUGGAUCUGAUUUUUGAUGGUAAGGAGGAUGAUAGCACCGCAACUCACCAGUAUCAAGAAGGCAAGGAAAGCAGGUCUGCCAGAGGCCAAGAUGGCAAACAAGAUGCAACAAGGGGCGAACGUCAACAACAGGGGCCACCAAUGAGCAAACAAGAUGCACGGAGGAGCAAAGCAGUGGGAGCGUCAUCAAAGGCACUACCACCGAUGAGCAAAGCUGUAAAUGCUAGCAAGUCAAGGGCAGCAGUACCUCCUCCCACCAGCUCUAGCCCAUCAAAGCCGAUGCCAUCUUCCUCCCUUACCAGUCCACCAAAACCGAGGCGACGUGGCUCCCGCACCAGCCCUCCCCGACCCACGAGCCCGCCCCAACCCAAGCGCUAAGCUUUUGGUACGAUUAUUUCUUCUUCGUGCACCAAAAAUAGAAAACGCUUCUAAUGUACCAUUUACAGCUUUGCUCAAGUUUUCCAAGCUCUUGGUAUGAUUUUCCCAAGGACAUAACAGAGUGUCGACCUUUUCUUUCAUGUCAUGAAGUCCAUCUGCUACCUACUUUCUUCCCUCUAGAAACUCUCUUGUGCUGGAAAGUAACUUAUUCAAAGCCAGAACUGGGCUAGGUGCUUAUUUUCAUUCAUCCCUGACCCAGGCCAGGGGUUGAGCGCAUCAUCCCGCUUAUUAGCGCCAGGGACAUCCGACAGACAGACGGACGAUGCACCAAGCGGUGAACCAUGCGGCGGGAAGAACGAGCAUCCGAGGAGCAGUCCCCACCCUGAUGCCAUCCAAACUGAUCAGCUCUCUAAAUAUUACAGCAUCUAUUCUACAUCCGUAUGUACACAUGUCUGCUUUUCUUGUGCACUAAGUUCUGUACUGUGUUUUCUUAUAGGCUGGCACUUUUCAAAAAAAAUUCAAAAUGAGGAUGUACCCCUCAGCCUCUGAGUGAUGCACACAGCCUUAUAGGCUGGCAUUAUACCAUUUGAUACUUCUGUGACCAUGCCGUGAGCUGCGGGAUCGACAUGUUCUC